CUCCUCGGUCCUCGCCACCACACAAGUGACAAGUGAGGGAAGAGCGGGAAACCGUCGCCGCCCGCACAGCUCCAGGAUGGCGACCGCCACGACCACCGCGCUGAGCAUGAAGCUCCUCAUCGACACCAAGGCCCGGCGCGUGCUGUUCGCGGAGGCGAGCAAGGACGUGGUGGACUUCCUCUUCUCCCUCCUCGCGCUGCCCGUCGGCACCGCCGUCAAGCUGCUCGGGAAGGAGGCCAUGGUCGGCUGCGUCGGCAGCCUCUACGGCAGCGUAGAGAAGCUCGACGGCACCUACGUCCAGCCCGGCGCCGCCAAGGACGCGCUGCUCCACCCCUCUGUCCUCUCGCCGGCGGUAAGUAGCAAAAGCUCCCUCCUAGGCUUGCCGGCGCCGCCAUCCCCACAAGCGAAGACGUUCUACCGAUGCAGCCUGCAGUGCAUCUGCUACAGCGGCGGAUAUGGCAGCAGCAGCAGCGAGCAGGCUAGAUGCAACACCUGCCGGACUUACAUGACGGAGAGCUACGCAACUUCGUGUCCAUCAUGUAACAACCAGAUGACCACGCCCUUCACGGUCGUGCCGUCGGCCGGGUCCGGAAGCAAGGUGGCGGCCAGCGUCAGUGGGAAGGGGUUCGUGCAGGGCAUCGUGACGUACACGGUGAUGGACGACCUCACCGUGACGCCCAUGUCCUCCAUCUCCAGCAUCACCCUGCUCAACACAUUCGCAGUCAGGGACCUCAGCGCGCUCCAGGAGAAGACCGUGCAGCUCGGCUAUGACCAGGGUCUGGAGAUCCUCAAGGCGUCGCUGCAGUCCAAGACCGUCCUCACCGACGUUUUCCUGAAGCCCGCCAGCAGCGCUUGAAGGCACGUGUCCUGCGCCUGACAUGCACAUCGACAUGGGAAAGUAGCUCGAUGUGUCUAGCUAAAUUAGGUUGAUCUUUUGUGUGGCCAUCAGAACUAUCUAAAACGGUUGCAUCUUUUGGUAAACGUCAUGUGUCAGAUGGCAUUAGCCAGAUGCUCCAGGUUGUACUAGUACUUUGUUGUGCAGAUGCUUGAUGUAUGGGUUUAUCA